CAUCGUUGCGUUCCAAACAUGAAGAUCACUACAUCAACAAUAACGACGACGGGGAGACCAACACGUCUCCGACCCAUCCGCGGCACCAACCACCAGAUCGGCUCCGGACUGCGGUACGCCUGGUGGACUCUCUGGACGUACGUCCUCCUGGCGUCCGCUACGGACGUGCCUCCACAACAACAACAAACGUGCGUCGUGGAUGCCACCGGAUCCGACCAAGUGUGUACGGAAGAAUCAGUGGCAUCGGGAAUGUCGUCCACGUGUGAGGAUCUUCAUCCAGACUGUGACCGACGCGCUGGUCACGAUGACUGUGUCUUGAACUAUCCUUCCAUGAAAACAACGUGCGCCCAUACGUGCCAGCUUUGCGAUCCAGCGUACUACUAUUGGUCCGCAAUUUCUACUGCUGGAGCUGCUGCUGCUUCUACCACCAGCCCGACAUCUCUGGAGGGAAGUGUUCUCGAAAAAGCAACCAUUAGUAUACAAAACGUCUACGAUGCACUGGCGCAAACCGUACAAGGACCCGAGCCACAGCGGGAAACCACACUGGCUCGUCUCCAACAAACGCACCAAUACAUGGAUCGUAUGGUGUACGGCAACGAAACCUUACAGGAUGUGUGGGUAAAUUGUAUGAACCGACACGAAUUGUGUACCUUUUGGGCAUCACUCGGUGAGUGUGACGCCAAUCCGACCUACAUGAAACUACAGUGCGCUCCAGCCUGCAACACUUGCGACGAACUGAGUUUUGAUUUGCGCUGUCCCAUGCCAGCGGAUGAUGAAUUAUUGGAAGCGAAGAAUGCGUGGGCGACAUCAGCCAACACCAGGGGCGGUGACCUCAACGGAAUGUUCAAACGCAUCGUUACCGAUCCCGAUAUUGCUACCAAACACCAACCGACUGUGCAUUCUGCUCCCAUGGAGCAUUGGGAGAGCCGAGACACGCUAACAAAUACGACGACAGAAGUUCACGACGAUGGUCCGUGGGUCGUUUCGUUGGAAGACUUCUUGACGCCCGAAGAAUGUGCCGUUAUGAUUCAGCUCGGCGGUGACCAAGGCUACGAACAAUCAAAAGAUGUGGGGGAACAAAAAUUUGACGGCACGUACGCCGCCGUCACGAGUAACGAGCGGACGUCGACCAACGCCUGGUGCGUUGGCGCCUGUGACGAGCACCCAGUCGUCCAAACCAUUCACCAACGGAUGGAAAGCUUGUUGAACAUUCCUGCAGUCAACUACGAACAUUUACAAUUGUUGCGGUACGAAGAAACACAGUUUUACGGGAAUCAUCACGACUUCAUUCCGUUUCAUGUAGGCCGACGACAAGGUCCUCGCAUUUUGACCGUAUUCUUGUAUUUGAAUGAUGUGGAAGAGGGCGGAGGAACACAUUUUGCGCUACUCAACUUGGUACGUGUCGAGAACGUGCUUGGUCUACGUUUGCAAUUUGAGGGUUUCUGCUCCACCUUGCUCACCAGAUUUUGUGGUACCUUUACUGCUGCAACGUUAGACGAUUACUCCAAAGGCGGGGCGCGUCGUGAUUUGGCCCAGUGUCAAGGAUAA